GCUCCAUAAAGGUUCGGUGCCACCGGCAGCCCCGGGAGCGGCGGGAUGCGGGUGCCCGUGUGGCUGUGCUGGUUGGGGGCUGCGCUGGGGGCGGCGGGGCGCAGCCUGCCCCGGCUCCGCCUGACCUACCGCGAGCUUUUGAGCACCAACCGCUCUGUCCUCUUCGUUGGCCACCGAGGGUUCCUGGGCUUCCGCACCCUCUACCUGGAUGAGUACCGCGACCGGCUCUUCAUCGGGGGGAAGGAUGUGCUCUACUCCCUGCUCCUGGAUGGGGCCAGCGCAGAUGCCAAGGAGAUCUACUGGCCACCUCUCCCUGGGCAGACAGAGGAGUGUCUUUGGAAGGGGAAGGACCCAGGGACUGACUGCGCCAACUAUGUCCGUGUGCUGCACCCCUACAACCGGACGCACUUGCUGGCCUGUGGGACAGGUGCCUUUCACCCCAUCUGUGCCUUCAUCUACGUGGGGCUCCGCGGUGAGCACACCUUCAGCCUGGACCCCACCAGCGUGGAGACCGGCCGGGGCAGGUGCCCGCAUGAACCCAGCCGGCCUUUCGCCAGCAUGGUCAUCGGUGGGGAGUUGUACGCUGGCCUCACCGCAGAUUUCCUGGGCCGCGAUCCUGGCAUCUUCCGCAGCAUGGGUGCCCGCUCGGCCUUGCGCACCGAGGUGGACCAGCGCUUACUCAACGACCCCAAAUUUGUGGCAGCACACUUAAUCCCGGACAACAAUGACCGAGACAACGACAAAGCCUAUUUCUUCUUCACGGAGAAGGUGGUGGAGGCGGACAGCAAGGAGCAUGCCAUCAUCAGCCGCGUGGCACGGGUCUGCGUGAAUGAUGCUGGAGGCCAGAGGGUGCUGGUUAACAAGUGGAGUACCUUCAACAAAGCCCGGCUGGUGUGCUCUGUCCCUGGGCCUGGUGGCAUUGACACCCACUUCGAUGAGCUUGAGGAUGUCUUCUUGCUGAGGACGAAGGAUGGGAAGAGCCCGGAGGUCUACGCCCUCUUCAGCACCAUCAGCCAUGUCUUCCAGGGCUCUGCUGUCUGUGUGUACCGCAUGGCUGACAUCCGAGAGGUCUUCAACGGGCCCUUUGCCCACCGGGAGAGCCCCCACCACCAGUGGGGUGCCUACGAGGGCAGGGUGCCCUACCCACGGCCAGGCGUGUGCCCCAGCAAGACCACCAACCAGCCACGGCGGCAGUAUGGCACCACCAAGGACUUCCCCGAUGAGGUGCUGCACUUCGCCCGCGCUCACCCCCUCAUGUACAAGCCCGUGUACCCUUGGCACCGCCGGCCCCUCCUAGUGAAGACCGACCUGCCCUACCGCCUGCGCCAGCUGGUGGUGGACCGAGUGGAGGCUGAGGAUGGGCAGCAUGAUGUCCUCUUCCUUGGGACAGAUGCUGGCUCUGUGCUGAAGGUGGUGGUCCUGCAGAAGACAAGCUCGGCCAUGGCUGAGGAAGUUGUCCUGGAGGAGAUGCAGGUUUUUAAGGUGCCUGUGCCCAUCACCCAGAUGGAGAUCUCCGUCAAGCGUCAAAUGCUCUACGUGGGCUCCAGCGUGGGGGUGGCUCAGGUCCGGCUGCACCGGUGUGAGACCUAUGGCAAGGCUUGUGCCGAGUGCUGCCUGGCCAGGGAUCCCUACUGUGCCUGGGAUGGCACUGCCUGCACCCGCUACCAGCCCUCUGGCAAGCGCCGCUCUCGCCGCCAGGAUGUCCACCAUGGCAACCCUGUGCACCAGUGUCUGGACCAGAACCUGACUGUGGAUGAUUUUGAGAACGUUGAGCAGAAGGUGCUUUAUGGAGCUGAGGACAACAGCACCUUCCUGGAGUGCACCCCCCGGUCCCCGCAGGCCAGCGUGCAGUGGUUCGUCCAGAGGCCCCCCGAUGAGCAGCGGGAUGAGCAGGUAAAGACGGAUGAGCGGAUCCUGCAGACGGAGCAAGGGCUGCUCUUCCGCAAGCUGCACCGCCAUGACGCCGGCGUCUACUACUGCAAGACACUGGAGCACGGCUUCACCCAGACGGUGGCCAAGACGGUGUUGGAGGUGAUCACCAGCAAGCAGCUGGCACACACCUUCCCUCGGGAGCGGGGGGAUGAGCGCCCUCCUUGCCCUGAGCCCUGGAUGAUGCCACAAGCUCCCAAAACCUGGUUCAAGGACAUCAUGCACCUCGUCAGCUCUCAAAACCUGCGGCGGGUGGAGGAGUAUUGCACUCGCCUCUGGUGUGGCAGCCACCACCACCACCGUAAGAGCAAGCUGGCCCAGACCAAGCAUGCCCUGGUUGGCAUGGAUGUGGGCAAGAAGAAACGAGCGGCCAAACCUCACAGUGAGAGAGCCCGCGUGCCCCGGCAAGCAGCGGCCACUUAGAGAGAGCAGGGUAAUGGACGUGGGGUGGUCAGGGGUGAGGACCAGCUCCCUGAGCUGCUGGUGGCCCCAGGGGACUCCUGUCUUGGCAGCUGGCUUGCAGCGGCGCCAGUCUGGUCCCACCAUCCUCCUGGAUGCAGUGGAUGAGACGCCAGGGCUGGCUCCUGGGCAGGUCCCCGUCGCCCUCAGCGGCUGCAGGGCUGCCUCUGAACUGGUGGUGGGACACAUCAGCCCCUCAGCUCGGCACUGUGGUGGGUUGGGGCUUGGCAUGAGCGGUCCCACCAUGGUGCCGUCAUCCUAGGGAGCUUGCUGGCUGGCUUUCUCUGCAAAUAAAGAAGCUGAGCGCGGCGCUGUGGGGAGCAGCUGACAGCUCCAAGCUCUUUCCACGCCAGCACAGGGCCUGGGAACGAUGAUGCCUGCUUUCACAGAGGAGGAAAAACUGACCAUCGCCCCAAAAAGCCUCCAGGAUGAGCCUUGUCAUCCACUGUGCCUGAGGAGCUGGAGACAGGUCCUGUUCCCCAGGGGGGACAGAGGUCCCUCCAACCUCCCCUGUGGCACCAGGACAUGCUCAGCCAACCCAUGUCUGGGUGCAGCUCCCCUCUUCCUCUCUGUCCCCCACCAACAAUGACCGUUUUAGGGCUGGGCAAGGUCAGGGAGGAAAAGCAAACGGCUGUGGGCAGGUUAGACUCGUUCCUGGGUAAACACGGGAGAGGCAGUGAUGCCACCGCGGUCACUGUUCCCCGGGUGGCAGUGAGGACAUGCAGCAGAAGUUGGCCCCAGCACAGUUUCGGGGGGCUGUACCCCAGGUUUGGGUGCUUGGUGGAGCAGGGCUGGGUUGGGGGAGCUUGGUGGAGCUAAACCAGCACCCCAGGCUUCCCCCAGCUGCAGGGGUCUCAGGGGGUUGGAGGUGCGUGGGGAGCACCCGCAGGCUGCCAGCACUGUCCCAGGCUGCCAGCAAGGUGCUCGCUUGCUUUCCUCACCCGACGCGAGCUCAGCCUCACCGGGUCAGCCUGGGGUGAUAAAGAUCUCCCCCUUCCUGAGGCAGGGCAGCCCCACACAAUGGUGUGAACCGUGGCCCUGCCGGCAAGGGCAUUGUUCGGCAGCAGAGGAACGGGAAAGAAAAAUAAUAAUAAUAAUAAUUAAACCCCCUAAAUAGCUUGCGCAAAGCCAGGUCAUGAUAUCAUCGCUCCUCCCCCUCUGUGUGUGUGUGUGUUUGUCCUGCAGCAGCGGAGCCCUGCAGUGCCUUCGAAGAGAGCAAAGUCCCCCAGCAGCUCUGUCCUGCCCCAUGGUGCACCCACAGAAAUCAGUCCCGAGCAUCUUCUCCAGCUCCCCAUCCCACCCAUCCUGCAAACUCAAGACUGUCUCCUGGGAUGGGAGAGCUGUGGUGGGGCUGGCGAGCCAGGACAUGUCCUGCCGGGAGGGAAGCAGAGCUGGUACCGCUGAUUUAUGGGUCAGACUGGAGCCAAACACGUGGGUUUGGUUAAUCGCAGGCCUGGGGGGCACAGAAGGACAAGCAACAAGCACAGACAAGGAGGGACCUGCGUGUAAAGCCAGAAAUAAGA